UCCUAUGGAAACCAAAGAAAAUCAAUGUAAAAGUAGUCGGGAGUCAACAAGGGAAGCAAUAGGCAAACACAACCAAGACACACAGGAUAUGGAGGGGCAGAUAAGCUACUUGAGUCUUGCACUAUUGUGUUGCCUUCACCUGGCCUCUGCUAUCGAAACCUCUAGUGUAAUCAAAGAGAACCCAGCAAAGGAAAUGAUUCGAGUCGGGCUAGUUUACAGCAGGAACUCAACCAUCGGGAAGGUGGUGAUGAGUUGUACAUCCAUGGCGCUCUCUGAUUUCUAUGGUGUGCACCCUCAUUAUCGUACCCGAUUGUCGCUUCAAUUCAGAUAUCCAGAGGACGACGUCGUCGAUGCGGCAUCGGCAGUUUUGGACUUGAUGGAGAACGAAGAAGUCCAUGCAAUCCUGGGCCCACAAUGGUCCUCACAAGCCAAAUUUGUAAUCGACUUAGGAGUAAAAGCUCAAGUCCCGAUCAUAUCCUUCUCAGCGACAAGCCCAUCCCUUUCUCCCACAAAAAGCCAUUAUUUCGUUCGGACAGCCUAUAGUGACAGUUCACAAGUUGGUUCUUUAGCGGCUGUCGUUCAAGCUUAUGGUUGGAGGAAAAUAGCUCUUGUUUAUGAAGAUACUGACUAUGGCAAUGGCUUGGUCCCAUACCUUGUUGACGCGUUACAAGAGGUCGAUGCUCGGAUCUCUUAUAGAAGCGUUAUUCCUCCAUCUCCGGAAGAUAUUGACAUCGUAAAAGAGCUCAAUAAGUUGUUGGUGAUGCAAACAAGAGUGUUUCUUGUUCAUAUGACUGCUUUGAUUGGGUCUAGGUUCUUUGUUCUUGCGAAUAAUUCGGGACUGAUGAGUGAGGAGUUUGCGUGGAUUGUCACCGAUGGUUUGUCGUCUUUACUAGACCCUGUCAGCUCUAAGGCAUUGGACUCGAUGCAAGGUGUGCUGGGUGUUAGGCCAUUUGUACCACCAUCGGAGUCCCGUGGAAAUUUCGAAGAGAGAUGGAAAAAGCAAUACCUCGAGUUAUAUUCACGCAACGAGAUUACUAAUCUCAGUCUCUUUGGCUUAUGGGCAUAUGACACCGUUUCAGCAUUAGCGUUAGCAGGAGAGAUGGUAUGGGAGCCUGCAAAGUCUAGAUAUUUAAAGCCGAAUAUGAGCAGAAACAAUCUCGACUUUUUGUCUAUUGGGAUUUCGGAGAUGGGCCCGAAAUUGCUCCACAAAAUUCUAAGCAUCAAAUUUCAAGGCGUCGGCGGAAAAUUUAACUUGCCUAACGGCGAACUUCAGCCGAUUGCAUUCGAAAUAUUUAAUGUUGUAGGACAGAGGGAGGAAAUUAUUGGAUAUUGGACUUCGGCACGAGGACUUUCACCCGAAUUGAACCCGUCAACGAAGGAAGAGUACACUGCUUCAGCCGAAGCUUUGAAGCCCCCUACUUGGCCAGGAGUUACAUUAAAGCCACCGAAAGGUUGGGUGAUACCGAUAUCAGGACAGAAACUAAGGAUUGGGGUUCCAAAGAAAGACGGCUUUAGCGAGUUCUUCAAAAUCGAAUGGGAUCCGCAGACGGGCGUGCCCAGCUACUCGGGAUUUGUCCACGACAUGUUUCUUGCAGUAUUGGAUGCAUUGCCUUUCGCUAUUCCUUACCAGUACGUUCCUUACGUGAAUAAGAGCAGGCAAAGUGCAGGAACCUAUGAUGAUAUGCUGUACCAAAUUAAACUUCAGAAAUUCGAGGCGGUUGUGGGAGACACGACUAUCGUUGCAAAUCGCUUGUCCUACGUGGAUUUUACACUUCCCUAUUCAGAAUCUGGUGUAGCAAUGAUAGUUGCCAUUAAGGAUGAUGAGCGGAGGAACAUGUGGAUCUUCUUAAAACCAUUGAGUUGGAAUCUCUGGCUAACGACCGGUUUGGCCUUAAUUUCUACUGGGUUCGUCGUUUGGCUACUCGAACAUCGUACAAAUGAAGAAUUUAGGGGUUGUCGUAGUCAACAAAUCGGUUUAAUACUCUGGUUUUCCUUCUCCACAUUGGUGUUUGCUCAUAGAGAGAAGAUUGCAAACAAUUUGACAAGGCUUGUGCUUACUGUAUGGGUAUUUGUGGUGCUUAUCCUGACUCAGAGUUACACUGCAAGUUUAACUUCAUUUUUAACCGUGCAACGUUUAACGCCGAAGUUUGUGGACGUGCAAGACUUGUUAACGAAUCAGCUUUCCGUCGGAUAUCAGAAAGGAUCUUUCGUGAGAGGAUUUCUGGUGAGACAGCUCAAUUUCAAUGAGUCCAGCUUGGUUCCUUAUGGUUCGCUGGAGGAAUUCCACGAGGCACUAUCCAAGGGAAGCAAAAACGGAGGAGUCGCGGCAAUCUUUGAUGAAUUGCCCUUCAUAAAACUGUUCCUUGCCAGAUACUGCAACGAGUACAAAAUGGUAGGACCAACCUAUAAAACCGACGGGUUUGGCUUUGCCUUUCCAUUGGGGUCCCCUUUGGUCUCCUACAUUUCAAGGGCAAUCUUGAAUGUUACUGAAGAUAAAAUGAAAAUGGACGCGAUUGAAAGAAGAUACUUCCAAGCUCAAAGCUCGUGCCAGGAUCAAGACGCUACAAUCUUUUCAGACAAUCUCAGCCUGAGUGUGUACAGCUUUGGAGGUCUUUUCAUCAUCAGUGGCAUCGUCUCAGUAUCUUCGGUAUUAAUAUAUGUGGUUUUGUUCUUCUAUUCUCAUUGGCCUUCUUCGAGUGCUAUUCGUCCGAGGGAUCGCUCCCUUUGGUCCAAGUUUUUGGAAACUGCGGACAACUUCUUUCAAGAGCACCGGUUAUUUGGUUGUUCGGAGAAAAAUAGAUGCAGGACAGUUUCGACAUCACAUUUUCGAAGUACAGAAGCUUCUUCGAAUAAUGAUGUUGAACUGAUCGUGAGGGCACCAAAUGAAGGAGAGAGGCGAACACUUAUUAUACCCGUAUGAAUAAUGAAGAUCGUGUUUUAAGAGAGGCUCAUCGAGCAUGAGAACGAUUCAUCCCAUCUAGGUAUGUAUAUACGCAUAUUAGCAAUUUGUUUUGUUUACCUUUUCUUUUGGAAUAAGGGGUGAAUUUGGGUUGAUAAAUGUUGCCUGUAAAAUCUUUUGCUUGCUAUACAUAUUUUAAUUAAGGAAAA